UUAAUUAAUCAAUUUGAGGUAGGUCAACAUAAUUAUAUAAAUGAUGAUAUAUCCAAAAGAGAAAUUGAAAUGAUCCUCAUCAGUUGCCAAAAAUGACCAAUAAUCCUUUGUUCUUCCACAACACAGAUUUUUGGGAUCAAGAUUCAUCAUACACUGCCUCCUUUGGGUUCCAACCAAUGAAGGACAAUGAUUGUGUUGGUUUUGAUGAACCAUUUGAAGAUUCUUUAUCGUUUCACAUGGUUGACUUCUCAUCAUCGUCAUCAUCAGAAUCAAGAACCCUAAAGAAGGAGAAGAAACACGAAGAAGAAGAGGAAGAUGGUAAAAGAAGAGGAAGAAGAAGUUACAUAGGAGUUCGAAAGAGGCCAUGGGGAAAAUUCGCAGCAGAAAUUCGAGACACAACAAGGAAUGGAAGAAGGGUUUGGCUUGGAACAUUUGAGAGUGCUGAAGAUGCUGCUUUGGCUUAUGAUCAAGCUGCAUUCUCCAUGAGAGGCUACUCUGCUCUUCUCAACUUUUCUUUCCAGAAGGUCAAAGAUUCUUUGCAAGGAAUCAUCAUGGAUUCUGAUUCCAACAACAAACACAAACCCUUUUCUUCUUCUUCACCUGCACUUGCACUCAAAGAGAGGAACUCCCUCCAAAGAAAAUUGGCAUCAUGGUCCUCAAAGGCUAAUAACAAGAACAUCAAGAACAAAAACAAGGAUUCAUCAUCAUCAUCAUCAUCAUCAUCUAAGGAAUCUUCAUCAACUACUACUACUAAUAAUAAUAAUAACAACAAUAGUGGUGGUGUCAUGGUUUUAGAAGAUUUGGGAGUUGAAUAUCUUGAGUAUCUACUAAGCAUUUCAGAAUCUCAUCAUCAUCAUCAAAACACAACAAGCCCUAGCUACUCCAUACUACCACAAAAAUGAAGUAUGUCUCAUUCGCCAGGAGCAGGUGAGAUUCUCAAGCUUCAAAAUAAAGGCAUUCUGUUAUAUGAACGAGUGGAGCAACAUUGCGAGGCAUUCUGUUA